GAGAGUUUGUGAGUGGUUAGUUUGGUGUAGCAGAGGAAGCAACUUCUUCACAGAUAAGCAGGCAGUGCAAUAGAGAGACACAUGCUGUUUCAUAAGGACACGCCUGAUUUCCAGAAAUAACCAUGUUUUUAUGGCUUAAACUCUUAGCAUUUGGCGUUGUGUUUCUGACACAGGAUGAUUUUGCCAAAGCAGGAGAUGAAAAUGUGGCAAAAACCAGCUCUCCCUCCCUUACGUCACCUCCACCUGCACGCUCCACAUCACUCUCACCUCCAGGCACUGCUGAAGCAGGAGAUGAAAAUGUAGCAAACGGCAGCUCUCCCUCUCUUAUGUCAUCUCCACCUGCACGCUCCACAGCACUCUCACCUCCAGGCACUGCUGAAGGAGAUGAGCCAACAGCAACUACACCUGGUGUCUCUCCUGCAGACAGCCCAUACCUCCCCACGCACGCAGGCUCCGUCCCUGCCAUGGGACUCAGCAACCCAACACUCAGCAGCACUGCUGCCCUCACCACACGCACUCCCAUUGCCUUCAAGAAUGCUUCAUCAGAUGAUUACAAUUCAACAACCUUGCACAGCACCACCUCACCAGUCAGCACGCCAACAAACACUGGGAUCACCCCCACUCUCACAAUAGGUUCUUCCAUGACAACAACUGAAGACCCUUGUGAUCGUAUUCAAUUCAGCAUACAAAAUGUAGAUCAGAAUAACAUGGCUAACGUUACAUUGACGAAUCUCAGAAAUAGCAGAGAAUAUUUUAUCUGGGGGCCUAACAAGACCAUAAAUGUGAAUUCCAGCACAAUACCACUUCUGAGAUGCAAGGAAUACAGAGUUACAGUUAAAGGUAGAAAUUGCUCGGACAAAUAUCUUCGUAUUCCGCCUGAUAACAGCACAAAUCCUUUUGAAGUUAAGGUUAAUGACAGCACAUUUGCAGUGGUAUGUUGGCAAAAGUCAGUUGCAUGUGCUAAUGUGACUCUUAGCUGUAAAGAUCUACAGACCCCAAACAUUACAGAAAAUUCAACUUGUACAUAUCUGAAUGCUUUAUCACCCAACCGUCAGUACAACUGCACUGGUACUGUACAGUUUUUCGAAGAGAUUCACAACCACCACUUCUGUGUUGAGACAGAUUAUGGUGCUCCAGAAAAACCGAAAAACCUUACAGUACAAUCUUAUAAAACACAUGUGACAGUUAGCUGGGACGCACCUAGUAACAGUUCAAAAGGUCCUGUACAUGGCUAUAGGGUGAACUGCAGUGGCAGAGAGGACGAUGUCAGCACAACUAAUGCUACUUGCAGUAACUUAAAACCUUUUACCAAUGGUUCUGUAGAAGUGACUCCAUAUACGAAAAGCAAAUAUAAUAAUAAUAAAUUCUUUGGAGAAACUGAAACAUGUCACUUUAGAACACAACCAUCAGAACCAAUGAAGGUGACUGCAGUUAAUGUAAAAUUGACAGCUGAUAAUGCUGUCCAAAUUCAGUGCAAAAAUCAAGCAGUGAAUGGAGAAAAAACAGUAUUUGAAUUGACUUGGGAAAAUGAUGGACUAACCAACAGCAGAGAAAAUGUAUGUGAUUUUCAAAGAGAAAAUCUCUUGUACUUGACAACCUAUACAUUUAAGAUCUUAGUGUUUAAUGGACAAUAUAAAGGGAAGCCAGUAAUGGAGAGUAUAAGAACCAGAUAUAAUUCUAGAGCCCUGAUUAUAUUCUUGGCAUUCUUGAUCUUUGUGACAUCAAUUGCUUUAUUACUGGUUCUGUACAAAAUCUAUGAUCUUCACAAAAAAAAGCUUAGCAAUUCUUCUGAAGGUGUGAACCUUGUUGCGGUUAAAGAUGAUGACAAGCAACUUCUGAACAUAGAGCCAAUACCUGCAGAGCAAUUGCUGGACAUGUAUAAGAGGAAGAUUGCUGAUGAAGGAAGACUUUUCUUGGAUGAAUUUCAGAGUAUUCCUAGAGUUUUCACUAAAUUUUCAAUAAAGGAGGCCAAAAAAAGCCAUAAUCAGAACAAAAACCGUUACAUUGAUAUCCUUCCAUAUGAUCAUAACCGUGUUGAGCUCUCAGAGAUCCCAGGAGACCCAGGAUCAGACUAUAUCAAUGCAAGUUAUAUUGAUGGCUUCAAAGAACCAAGAAAAUACAUUGCUGCACAAGGCCCCAAGGAUGAAACCACAGAUGAUUUCUGGAGAAUGAUCUGGGAACAGAAGGCAACAAUCAUUGUCAUGGUGACUCGCUGUGAAGAAGGAAAAAGGAACAAAUGUGCCCAGUACUGGCCAUCAAUGGAGAAUGGCUCUGCAACAUAUGGGGACAUCAUUGUGAAGAUCAAUGAAAGUAAGACGUGUCCAGACUAUGUCAUUCAGAAACUACACAUCACAAAAGGAAGAGAAAGGACAGCUGGAAGAGAUGUCACUCAUAUUCAGUUCACAAGCUGGCCAGACCACGGAGUCCCUGAGGAUCCACAUCUCCUUCUCAAACUCCGACGCAGAGUUAAUGCUCUCAGCAACUUUUUUAGUGGUCCAAUAGUUGUUCAUUGCAGUGCAGGUGUUGGGCGCACUGGGACAUACAUAGGAAUUGAUGCCAUGCUGGAGGGGCUGGAUGCAGAAGGCAGAGUGGAUGUUUAUGGCUAUGUUGUGAAGCUGCGUCGGCAGCGGUGCCUCAUGGUUCAAGUAGAGUCACAGUACAUCCUUAUCCAUCAAGCGCUAGUGGAAUACAAUCAGUAUGGAGAAACAGAGGUCAGUCUCUCAGAACUGCAUUCCUAUCUUAACAAUCUGAAAAGAAAAGAUUCUCCGAGUGAUCCUUCUCUACUGGAGGCAGAGUUUCAGAGAUUACCUUCCUAUAAGGGGUGGCGGACACAGAACACUGGGAAUCGUGAGGAAAAUAAAAGCAAAAAUAGGAAUGCCAACAUAAUUCCAUAUGACUUUAACCGAGUGCUGAUCAGGCACGAAGACGAAUGCAAUAAGGAGGGUGAACACGAUUCAGACGAUUCCUCAGAUGAGGACAGUGACUGUGAGGAAUCAAGCAAAUAUAUCAAUGCUUCCUUCAUAACUGGUUACUGGGGUCCGAAAGCCAUGAUUGCAACACAGGGACCACUGCAGGAAACGAUCUCUGACUUCUGGCAAAUGGUCUUCCAAAGAAAAGUCAAAGUCAUUGUUAUGCUGACAAAGCUGAGUGAAGAAGAUCAGGACAUCUGUGCGCAGUACUGGGGAGAAGAAAAACAAACGUAUGAUGGCAUAGAGGUUCAAAUGACAGAUGCCAACUGUUGUCAUACCUAUACCAUACGUGCAUUUGAUGUUACACAUCUGAAGACGAAAGAAACACAGAAGGUGUAUCAGUAUCAGUACCACAAGUGGAGUGGCUUGGAUGUUCCAGAAAACCCCAAGGAUUUAGUCAGCAUGAUUCUCAACCUUAAACAAAAAGUCCCAGCUAGACCAGCCACUGAAGACAGCAAGAGUACCCGCAGUGUCCCGCUCGUUGUCCACUGCCGUGAUGGAUCACAGCAGACCGGUGUAUUUUGUGCUUUAAUGACCCUCUUGGAAAGUGCAGAAAUAGAAGAAGUAAUAGAUGUUUUCCAAGUAGUAAAAGCUCUUCGUCGCACCAGGCUGGGAGUGGUCUCCACCUUUGAACAAUACCAAUUUCUGUAUGACACCAUUGCCAGCAUCUACCCUGCACAGAAUGGACAAAUAAAGAAGAACAGCCAUCAGGAAGAUAAAGUUGAAUUUUGCAGUGAAGUAGAAAAAACAGAUCAGGAAGCUGAUUUGAUCACUAUUGAUCUUGCCCCACCACCGCCAGAGGAAAAUGAGCUUUCUGAAGCAUGUGAUGGUUCUAAGGCUGCAGAUAGCACUAAGGGAACAGAAAGCUCUACAAACGGCCCCACAACUCCAGUCCUAAAUUAGAAGCUCUUCUAAAGAAAAAAAAAAAGAAGUGCUUUUUCAUGAGCAAAAUAUCUUAAAA